ACGUCAGCUCGUGCGUCGGCCUACCUCUCCUCGCUGUUUCGGAGCCCCGGGGCCGGGGGGAAGGCCAACCCGACCGUCCCACCGCGUCGUCUCCCUCCUCGUCUCCUCUCCUCUCCUCUCGCGUCCGCAGCUUCCCUUGCAGGCUAGGGUUUGCAGAUGACGACGGCGGCGCGCCCCACCUGGGCGCCGGCCAAGGGCGGCAACGAGCAGGGGGGCACCCGCAUCUUCGGCCCCUCCCAGAAGUACUCCUCCCGCGACCUCGCCGCGCACACCUCCCUCAAGCCCAGAAAAGAUGGUCAACAGACCCAAGAGGAGUUACAGAAGAGGAACCUCAGGGAGGAACUUGAGGAACGCGAGCGCAAGCACUACUCUUCCAAGGAUAAGUCCUAUUCUGAAGAAAGAGACCGGCGGAAAAGCUCAAGCCAGCUACUCUUAGAAGGUUCAAAGAGAGAGGCAGAGGAUAAGAUAGUUCCACGAGAAAUCGAUGCAGAUGACUCUGAUGUGGAGCCUAAAAGUGAUGAUGAGAGUGAUGAAGAUGAUGACGACGACGACGACACUGAAGCUCUAAUGGCAGAGCUUGAGAGGAUUAAGAAAGAAAGAGCUGAGGAGAAGCUUAGAAAGGAGCGGCAACAAGCAGAAGAGGAGGCCAAGAUGAAGGAGGCUGAACUGAUGCGGGGAAACCCUUUGAUUAAUAUCAACAAUCCUGGCUCCUUCAGUGUUAAGAGAAGGUGGGACGAUGAUGUGGUUUUCAAGAACCAAGCACGUGGAGAGACCAAGACACCGAAACGGUUCAUCAAUGAUACCAUCAGGAGUGAUUUCCACCGUAAAUUUCUUCAGAGGUACAUGAAGUGAUGGUACCGCUGUGUACAACUUACAUGUCUCCGCUCCUUGUAUGGGAGAGCAUUGGUUCAGUUGGGAGCUCUUAUCGUUGUUAUGUUUGUGUACGAGUGAAAGACCAGCAUAGCAUUGGUUCAGUUGAGAGCUCUCAUCGUGUUAAGUUUGUGUACGAGUGAAAGGCCAUUAUUGUGUUGCUGUAUGAAACAAAAGUAUAAACAUCUGUCGGCAUCUUAACAAAGCUGUACUGAGCAAUACAUAUCUUAUCUGAAUGUGCCAAGGUCCUAUUUUUCUAUA